AUGGAGUUUAUCGAUGGAAUUGGGGAGCUUAAGGCCCUUCCCGAAGGAAUCCACCUCCUCUGUCCCCGACAAAACGACGAUGAUUACGGCCGAUACGAAGACUUGGAGCAGGCCGAUGAGAAGGGCACGCUUAUCAAGGAUAUUGUGGCUCAAGCUCAAAGCCGCAAAGAGACAUUCCUUUCAUCCAUGCGUAUUUUGGCAUACCACAAAGACGGAGUGGAAGAGCUUCAGAAUUGGGUCUUGGGAAAACUGGACGAUUCACUCGAAAAAUGCGAUCUGUGCAUCAAGCAUUACUAUACCGGCAAGAUCUGGCUUGUGGACCGAUUGAAAGAUGAGAACUACCAAGAGGAAGAUAUCGAAGCUUUUGCCCAGAGAAUCGACGAGUGGGAUAUCAAGAGAAUUACACGCAACCUGGGAACGGCCACGGAGCAGCUGAGGCAGACUCCACCUCAGAAAAUUGGUUUAGAUGUCUUGGACAGGGCUGCUUUGCUCUCCAUUUUCGAGACUCUGAGUUGUGAGGCUAUGCUACGCAACGAAAGCCUUUUGCAGGAACAUUUCGACGAGCCAUUCAAGCUCAUACAGACCAAGCGGAGUUUGAAAGUAUCCGACUACAUUCCUGCGGUCACUCGGUUCCUCUUCGAUUCAAAUCAACUCCGAUGUUUCUGGGCCCAUAAUUCAUGGGCACGAUAUAAUCGACCACCCACCACCACAGAAUUUGAAUGGGCGAUCCGGGAUGGGCUUCGCGUGGCUUUGCAGACUGCUUCACAGCAGCCGCCGCAGUUGCCAGUCAUUGCUCGUUUGUGGCGAGGCAUGCAGCCUGUGAUACGAAAGUUAGAUAAAGAACAAAUCACACAUCAGCUGCGAGCUCUCGAGAUAGAUCCUUGCCGUCUUUCUGUUGAUCACCUCGCCAUUCCCUCGCCUGGUCUGAGAUACCUCUUGAACACCAUUCAGCUUUUCCUCGAGAAAGCACCCGCAGACUUUUGGGAAGCUAUGCAAACCAUAUCACCGCAAGCAAUUAUGGAACAUACUUUCUUCAACACACAAUUCAAUUCUUACCUCAUGGCAAUCACUGAUGGUGAACCCUUUGAGAAGUCUCCUCUGAAGGACAUGCUCUCAUGGAUUAAUCCUUUCCUCAGCUCCCUCAAAGGGGCCCACCAACCAUCUGCUUGUCGGUUCCUGACACUGCAAUUACUCGGUCGACUUCAGGAUCCACAGUAUCCCAAUCUGGCGCGGUAUCAUUGUUUCCAUGUCGGAUUGACCAGUCUUCUUCAAACACUGCGUCGUUUCACGGACAAUGAGUCUUCUCGAGGCUCAGUCACGCGGGUUGUAUUGGCUGAAACGAUGGGGGUAGUCAGUGAUACUAUUAACACAAUUAUCAAUCCUCCAACUUUUGCUGUGGAGCAGAGCCGUCAGCAGGAGAUUUUGAGCCUAUGCAUGGAUGUCGUACGCAACACUUUGGCGCUUGAGUGUCAGUCGUUGAAAACAGACUAUGAGGUCAUUCUCAAGCACAACACACUUUCGCAUGGAGUUUCUACCUACUCUGCACCUAUUUGGGAUGCUGUUAUCAAGAACCUCAACCAGGGCAAUUUGCCAUUGUCUGGCUCGGCGCUACUGGGUAUUCUACCCCUCGUUGGGUUGGAGAAGUUCACCACGCAGGGAGAAAACAACCCAGAGAAGGCUCACUUCAAUAUGAUUUACGAACAUCUUAUCAAUCUCUCAUGUCGGAUCAUUGAACGACUUGCAGAUUUCUCACCCGAUCAUCUUGAAAAGCUGUUCCAAAGUCAGGAUACGAGCAGCGCCAUGAUCUCUGCGCUAUUUGCAGCUGACCUGGACACAUACACGGCUGCGGUUGAUCUCAUCAAGAACGCUACAGGUCAAUCUGCUCGACGAGAUGCCAUCUCCCACCUACUCCAAUCCUCUUUCACCACUACAGUAUACGGUCUCAGCUGGUCUUUCCGCCGUAUCUCGACCAUGAAGACGUUUGCGCCUGCACCACGAAUGUUAUACACUGGUACAGACGUCGUUGAGACGCUGUGUGACAGCCAGCAUGGAAUUCUUCGUACUCGCAACCUUGCGGAUCGUCGGGAGGUCAUGGCACUUCAGAAGCUUUGGGAAUACCUGUGGUCGGCACUCACUACAAUCUUCGACGAAACUGAGUCGUGGCACGUUCGGGGUAAUGAUAAGUCUGUCAUGCUUGAAUUCUGCCGAGACACCAUUCAAUUUGCCGACUUCUUGUUCAACCAAUAUGGUGUCUUUCUGGGAGCCGUGAGUAACGCGGACCCGGGGCAAACCUCCGCGUCGGAGAAUUUCCUCAAAUCACCGACUGCUACCAUGAGUGCUAUGGUGAAAUGGCUCAGACUGAAAGAUGAAUUCUUGGCCUCGACACUUGUUGGGCUAGUUUCAAAGAUUCUGCGCAGACUGGGUGGAAUGGAUGUCACUGACGUCAAACCGGAUGCAUUGAGCUUCAUCGAGGGGGUUGCAGUUGAUGCCACGAUCAAAACAAUCCUGAACCAGCGCGAGAAAGCUGACUUGGUGCGCUCGUUAGAGGCAUACUACAAGAAGCCUGUCGUCACUGCCUCCACCGCUGCUCUCAAGAAGCAAUCUUCCAUCAUGUCAUUCGCCAAACCCUCUGAUACUUUGAGCCCCUCUUCCCGCGUUCCAAGUGAUGAUGAAUUUGAUGAUGAUCUGACCGAUCAAACCCUUCUGGAGCUGUCAUCUUCUGUUGAGGUCAAUAAGGCACGUGUUGCCGCGGAGAGUAAGAGAAAGGCAGAAAAAGCAGCCAAAAUUCAGAUGCUCUCUGGUCUCAAAUCACGUCCAGCACCUGCCAAGCCAGUCAUCGCGCCUCGUCCCAAGGAUGAUGCCACUUCUGUUCUAUCUUUCCGAGAAAAGCGUGAGCGCGAGAAAGAGGCAAAGAAAAGGCGCGACGCGGAGCAACUUGCUAAGCUCAAGAAGGGCAUGUCUGCUGGUGGCGUCGGUGAACAGACCGCUGAACAAGGCUCCGGUCUCAAGGGUAUCGGUAUCAAGGGCAAAGACCAUGCGUUGCCUGCUGAUAGCAUGAUGGUGUCGUCUGGGUCCGAGUCAGACAGCGACAGUGAAGACGAUCUGGAUACAGAACUGUUUGGUGGCGCCAAACCUAAGAAACCUGAUGCUGUCGCCGCGUACGAGUUGAGCAAGAAGCAAUCCCUUCAGCAACAACCGAUCAAAAAGGUCAAGAGACAGCGUUCUGUCCGAGAUAUGCGAGCUCGCCUGUCUCCCGACCUCAGUUCUCUUCAUCACUCAAUUCUAUCCUGGGACUUCUUCGCAGGUGGUGAUCUACCCCCAUCCUCAGGUCGCACCGACUAUUCCCUCGUCUCAAACACGUUCCGUACUCCUGUUGAUUAUCAAAGUACUUUUGAACCUUUGCUGGUUCUUGAAGCAUGGCAAGGGUUCCAGGCAGCCAAGGAGGAAGGCUCGUUCCGACCGUUCGAGGUCAAGGUCAUGACUCGUUUAGCUGUCGAUACAUGGAUUGAGUUCAGUACACAGCCGCUUGGUAUCCCUCCAAAGGAUUUCAGCAUGGGUGAGGGUGAUCUGGUACUGUUCUCCAGCUCGUCUAAACCGACGAGUGAUCAGAGCGCACCUCACAUUCUCGCUCGUGUCUGUGGUGUCAACCGAAAGGGUGGAAAGAUGGAGGUCACGUAUCGAGUAAACCCCACGAAUAAUAAGUUCCUCUCCAAUUUCGGGCCUGGAACAGAAACGUGGGCCGCUAAGAUUACUUCUUUGACCCCCGUGGAGCGUGAGUAUGGUGCGUUGAUGGCGCUGCAGUACUAUGAUCUGUGUGAGGAAAUCGUGUUGGCUAGGCCUUCACCUAUCCUCAACUACUCGGACACAAGACUUCAGCCUAUCAUGGAUAAUUACACCAUCAACCGUGCUCAGGCAAAAGCUAUCAAGUCUGCUGUUGACAAUGAUGCCUUCACGCUUAUUCAGGGUCCUCCCGGUUCGGGAAAGACCAAAACAAUUACCGCGCUUGUUGGAAGCUUGCUCACCAACGUGCUUGGGAAGCAAGCUGUCAGCAUCAGCGGUGGUGCCUCUGCAGCUCGAAACACCAUGUCAAAGAAGCUUUUGCUGUGUGCGCCCAGUAACGCUGCUGUUGACGAAUUGGUCAUGCGUUUGAAGGAUGGCGUCAAGACAAGCAACGGUCGCAAAGAAAAGGUCUCUGUCCUCCGACUGGGAAGAAGCGAUGCGAUCAACACCAAAGUGCUGGACGUCACUCUCGAUAACAUGGUCACCGCCCGCCUCAGCCAGGACACCAGCAAAGGAGAUAACGUCGACAUGCAAAAGCUGUACGACGAGCACAAGAAAACCGAUUCAUCCUUCAAGGAGCUUCGUGGACGUCUUGAUGAGGCAAGAGCCAAGGGCCUGCCACCUCCAGAAGAGCUCGAGCGCGAGUUUGAGCUGAUGAAAAAGAAGAGAUCUCAACUGAGCACGUCCAUCGACAAAGCUCGUGAUCAAAACCAUACAUUCGCCCGCAAUGCUGACAUGCGCAAGCGGCGAAUCCAAGAAGAGAUUAUUAAUGAGUCUCAUGUCAUAUGUACUACACUGAGUGGUUCAGGUCAUGACAUCUUCCAAUCUAUCAACGUCGAGUUCGAAACUGUCAUCAUUGAUGAGGCUGCUCAGUGUAUUGAACUCAGCGCUCUGAUCCCGCUUAAAUAUGGCUGCUCCAAGUGUGUCCUCGUCGGUGAUCCUAAGCAAUUGCCUCCAACCGUCCUGUCGAAGAUGGCUUCUCAGUUCCAGUAUGAGCAGAGUUUGUUCGUGCGUAUGCAGAAGAACCAUCCCCGGGACGUGCAUCUGCUGGACAUCCAAUACCGUAUGCAUCCAGAGAUCAGCAACUUCCCAAGUCAGACAUUCUACGACGGCAAACUCGAGGAUGGUCCGGACAUGGCAAAGCUUCGCCGACGUCCCUGGCACCAAAGUGAUCUUCUCAGUCCCUACCGAUUCUUCGAUGUUCAGGGCAUGCAUUCAGCGGCCACCAAGGGUCACUCCUUGAUCAAUUAUGCUGAGCUUCAGGUUGCCAUGCAACUAUACGAACGCCUGAUCACCGAUGUAAGAGAAUAUAACUUCGCGGGCAAGAUCGGCAUCAUCACACCCUACAAGGGCCAAUUGAGGGAGCUCAAGAACCACUUCUCCCAUCGAUAUGGUGAAGAUAUUCUCAACAAGAUCGACUUCAAUACGACAGAUGCUUUCCAGGGUAGGGAAAGUGAGGUCAUCAUCUUCUCUUGUGUGCGAGCAUCCAACAAGGGUAUUGGUUUCUUGGCUGACAUCCGUCGUAUGAACGUCGGUCUCACCCGAGCCAAGUCUUCCUUGUGGGUUCUGGGUAACUCGCGUUCUCUUGUGCAAGGCCAGUUCUGGAACAAAUUGAUCACCAAUGCACGCGAGCGAGAUGUCUACACAGAAGGUGAUAUUCUCAAAAUUCUGCAGAAGCCUCAAUUCACUGGCUAUAAAGAAGUCGAGAUGCUCGACAUUGACGCUGAAGAUAGCCCUGCCACCCAUGGCAAAGAAGGUACCGACAAUGAAGCUUCUGUGCCGCCCGUUUCGAGGCCAUCAUCUGCGGCCUCCGGUGACGCCAACUCGCGAUCCGCGUCCGUCUCUGCACCCGUCCCGAGGGAACCACCAGCACCGCUUCCAGAUGGUCCCUCUGGGGGCAAACAAGGGCUAGACGAGACCAGAGUAUGCGGCAUCUGCGGGAGUGCUAAACAUUUCACCCACAACUGCGAUAAUGACGAUGCAAAGCUCGACGCUCGUGGGAACUGCUUCCGCUGUGGCAAACCUGGACACACCAAAAAUGCUUGUCGUGCCGAGCGAUGCCUCGAAUGCGGUCAAUGUGGUCAUUUAGCCUCUAGCUGCACGGCCCCUAGAUCUCUUUCCAAGUUCGAAAGGACUCGCAUUGAAAGAGACGAAUUCAAUCUCCAGCAACGUCAAAGUGCCUUCAACGACCGGAAGCGAGAUCGCCAGAUGGGAGGACACAAUCCCAAGGUUCCUGUUGUGCAGUCCACAACCUCCAAUGCUCCCAAAAAGCCUGUUGAUGAGUCUGCCAAACGAAAACGUGGCGAUUCCGCGUCUGAGGCGCCGCAGCCCCAACGCCCUCGGACAUCAUCAUCUAACGCCCCGAGUCAUGCUCCCAAAGCCCCGCGAGGUCACCCUGGCCUCUCUGGGCAUCCUGGUUUAUCUGGCGCUCCUCGCGGUGCUCCUCGUGGCCCAAGUGGCCCAAGGGCUCCUGGUCACCCUGGUCUCUCUGGUCCCCCAAUUCAAGCCCCGAAGGGUCCCAAAGGUGGUUCAUUAGGGAACAGGGCAGCUCCCAAUGCGCCCAAGGGCCCAGCGGCCAAUGGCCCGCCAGAAGGUCUCAUCAAACCCUCUCGCGAUGGACCGGCGUAUCCGAUCGAAACCAACCCGUCAAGCAUCCCGACGGGACCAAGGGCAGAUGCCCCCAACCAAGGUGGUCCCAAACCCCGACCACCAAUGCGCAAAAAGAAAGAAGUAGACCCAUUUAUCCGCCCAAAGGCGAAGCGCAAGUGA